AUGUCGUUCCCCUCCAGGAUUUCUGCGAUCACCAUUUCCAAGACCGGCGACUUCGAUGUCAUUGAGAAGACAGAGGUACCGUUUCCGAAAAGCGAACCUGGUCAUGUUCUGGUCAAGACCAGUUACGGAGGCGUCAAUUUCAUAGAUACCUAUUACAGGAAAGGUCUGUAUCCCAUUAAAACUUUCCCCUUUGUUGUGGGCAGCGAGAGUGCGGGGACGAUUGCCGCUCUCCCGGCGGACCAAUCCGUUCUGGCCGAUGAAGAGUUCAAGCUACGCGAAUUCAAGAUCGGCGGAAAGGUGGCAGUGUAUGGCCCCGGUGCCUUCGCGGAAUACGUGAGUGUGCCCUGGGAUAGUGUCUUCCCUGUGCCAGAUGCUGUAACGCUGAACACCGCGGCCGCGGCGCUCACACAAGGCGCGACCGCGAUCACGUUCAUGAACGAGGCUUACGACGUGCGCAAGGGUGACACCGUGUUCGUGCACACCGUCGCCGGCGGACUAGGGCUCAUCUUCGCGCAGUAUGCGAAGCUCCGCGGCGCGACCGUCAUCGGCACGACGAGCACGGAGGCCAAGGCGGCCAUCGCCCGCGCACAUGGCGCAGACCACGUCAUCCUUUACCCCGUCGAGGACACUGUCCAGCGCACGCUCGAGAUCACUAAUGGCGAAGGCGUGAACGUGGUCUUCGAUGGCGUCGGAAAAGACACAUUUGAGAACGACUUCAAAAUCCUGCGUCGCAAGGGCACGCUGGUGUCCGUCGGGAACGCCUCGGGCGCCGUCCCACCCUUUAGCCCGCUGAAGCUAGCUGAGAAAAACCUCCGUCUGCUUCGGCCCACCUUGGGCAACUAUGUCGCCACGCCGGCAGAGGGCCGUCGAUACUCGACGGAGCUCUACACGCUCAUAGCCCAGGGCGCUCUCAAGAUUAAUGUGCACAGAGAGUAUCCAUUCACAGCCGAGGGUGUGCAACAGGCACAGAAGGACCUCACUGGCGGAAAGACCACGGGAAAGUUGGUCAUUAAGAUCGCCGACUGA